AUGGAUAUUAAAGAGUGUAGAAGAUAAAAGUUUUCAAAAAAUAUAGUUCAAUAGGGACAGUCUCUUGUCUUUAGACAUGACAGAACAUAUAUUAGAAGAUAAUGUCCCUGUUGUGUUGAUCCUUCUAUAGAUGAAAAAAAGAAUCUAAUAUCUAAAAUAAGAUCGAAUUUGGAAAAGAAUAUUAAAAAAUAACCCUAUGCUCUUAUUGAAGUCAUAUUAUGA